AUGACCAAACCGAGGAAGGAGGUGCCCUCUUUCGCCGCUGCUGCCUGCACUUGGCUAAAUUUGGCUCUAACAGAGAAGAACAACGGCCACUUUGACACUGCUCGGCGUGUCUUUCAAGAUGGUACACGCUUUGUCCAAGAGCUUAUGCAGAAGGAGCUCGAUGUUCGGAUUGAUGGACAGAAUCGCGUGCGCUCACGGACGAUGACCCAAGCAUCCAGUCAAGAUGUAGAAGUGGCUUGCAAAUGGCUUGCUACUCUGCUGGUGGCCUGGGGGCUUCUGGAGACCAAACGUGGCUACAAAAGCCGUGCGAAGGUGUUAGCAGAGCGUGCUGCGCAUCUAGAUGGCAGCAAAGCGAAAGUUCUGUCCUGGAAGGUGGACCUGAUGUCUUGUGUGAUUGAGAAGCUGGUUCUUAUGUGCGUUGCUCCGCCGUGCUGA